AUGGUUUCGACGGACCAUGAGGCACUGGUUGCCCUGUUUCGUUCGACCGGCGGGGCUGGAUGGAGGCGAAGAGACAACUGGGACACAGAUGCUGACCUCGCGACAUGGGAUGGAGUCAAAGUCAACGACCAGGGCCGAGUGGUCAAGCUUGACCUGGCCUACAACAAGCUCCAAGGGCGGAUACCAAAGGAGCUGGGGGACCUCACUGAGCUGAAGGAGGCCACGUUGUACCACAACAACCUUACGGGCCCCAUCCCGCUGGAGCUGGGAAACCUCGCAGCAGUACAGCACCUCUCUCUUCAGGACAACCAGCUCAGCGGCGAAAUCCCGGCGUCUCUAGGACAGCUCAGCGAACUGCAAAAUCUUGUUCUCUGGAAAAAUCGGCUCAGCGGAACUAUACCCGAGGCGCUGGGGAACCUCUCAGCUCUAGUGUCCCUGGGGAUCAGCGACAACAACCUGGAAGGGCCAAUACCAAAGGAGAUGGGGAACCUCACUCAGCUGAAGCAGCUCGUCUUGCACAACAACAACCUCACCGCAACUCCCACGGGCGAGUGGAAGGAGGAGAGCACGGUGUUUGCGGACGUGGAACCCGUGGAGCUAGAAGGCUCGUCCGUUCGGGUGUACGACUGCGCUGGACAGGUUGCCUACUCGGGGCUGCUGCAGAUGUUCUUGACGCCACGGUCGGUGUGCGUGCUUGUGUGCCACGCGGGGGAGUUCGGACAGCAGCUAGGUAGCGACAACAUUAACCAGGUUGAAGGAGACUGCCGCAAGCUGGAAGCAUUGCGCAUAUGCGAUUGGCUGCGGUCGAUAUCUCGUCGCGUUCCUGGCAACGACGUCAUUCUCGUCGCCACCAAGUGUGACUUGGUGAGUGGGAACGCUGAGGAAACUGGCCGAAGACUGGAGCAUGCCUGUCGGAUGUGGCUUUCGACCUGGGUUCGCAAUGGGAUGGACCCCGUCCGGCUGGAGCCCCACGUUUCCCUCACGAGUUGCUUUCCGAUAGGAGAUGGUGAGCAUGGCGAGAGCAACACUGGGAGUGAUGCGUCGAAGCAGGGUUGGGCGUGUGACUGGCGACACGUGGAAGGCGAUAAAUCCUCGCCAAGUUUGCUUUACCGGCUCGUCAACAAGCCUGAUGAAGGUGGGCUCCGAGGCGUCCAGAUGGUGCUUCCUCGCAGCUGGGAUAUCGCCCUCACUGUUCUGGAAGCUCUCGAGCAUGGACGAGAUCCGGUGGAGAUGGUAAUGCUCAAGUCCCCCGACAGUGACAGACGUCCAACGGAAACAGCAGUAGGCAAGACAGACGUGUAUCAGGCGAUCAAGGUUGAGGAACUGGGCACCAACUGGCGGGAAACAGUUGAUGAGCUUGGGAAGAGAGGGAUCGUGGUGACAAACGCCGAGAAUGCUUUGGAAGGAGCUCUCUCGAUCAGGGAGUUCGACGGGUCCCUCGUUCGCCACGAAAAAUUUGUCUUUCUGGACGUCGUCUGGCUGGCGAGAAUCCUCAAGCCCCUGCUCAACCACAAGGACCAAGAGACCUUCGACGGCCGUGUGAAUCUUGGGGACACGGGCGACACACCUAUCACACUCGACGAUCCAUCAGACAUCGCUUCGUGGGACAGGCUCAAGAAAGAGGGUGUGCUUGAACCCAGGUUGGCGGAUGCCAUGUGGCCGGAUGGUCUGUCCGAGUAUGUGCUGCCGACUCUGGUAGCCAUGGGUCUCACUUUCCAACUUGAAAACGAUCCUGCUGAAGGCCUGGUAGUUCUGUUGAGGCUAAAGCCACACCGCCCCGAGAGUGUGGGCAAAGUGAUCGAUACCUUCUGCUCGGGACUCGCCACGGCAUUCCGCGCCAGUUGGAAGAUCUUCCUGGGUGUACCGCCGGGUGCGGUCGAAAAGGUGUUGACGCGGUGCUGCGGUCUUGGUGGUGUGCAAACACUCUGGCGAUAUGGGAUGCUUGUUCAUGGCGGCCUCGGCGUCCGAGAUGAGCGCAGGACAUUUGCUGUGGUCGUGGAAUACUCGUCCAUCGACAAUGAGCUUGUUGCUCAAAUUUUCGGCGAUAUCAGCACCCCAGGGCCGUGGAUGGCGAUGUCAUACGUGAUGUCUGCCGUGAGCUUGAUGCUGGUGGAUUUUCCAGGACUGCGCUGGAAAGGCUCUCUGAAAUGUCCUCAGCAUGGUGACGGGAUGCUCUUUGCGAACAAGGUAAGCCCUCAACACGUGAUCUCUCGAAUCGCCCGGUUCUGGCAACAGUCGAUCCCGUAUGGGAUUCGCCGUGGACGAAUAGCGGUGGCUGAACUUUCUCCGGGACCAACGGCACCUGAUUGCGACAGGGCGCUCUGUGCGCUCAGUGGACGAUACACGAGAGUGGUUGUUCCCAAAGCUCCGCCGUUGAUGUCCUUCAUGUGCGUUACCGCCUGA